AUGCCAGGGGAUGGAGACAUGGAUGCUGCACCCAUGGCAGCCUUCCCGGGGGGUCCGGGCGAGGGGCCUCUGUGCACUCCCAGCCUGGGGUGGGCAGCAGAGGGGCCGGGAAGCAGCGGCAAGAACCGUCGUGUGUCCCAGGCCACGGCACGGCUGGAGAUGGGCAGCCUCUGGGAGGAGUUCAACCGCCUGGGCACCGAGAUGAUCGUCACCAAGGCGGGGAGGAGGAUGUUCCCCACCUUCCAAGUGAAGCUGUCGGGGCUGGACCCGCUCUCCGACUACGUCCUGCUCAUGGACUUCAUCCCGCUGGAUGACAAGAGAUACAGGUACGCCUUCCACAGCUCCUCCUGGCUGGCAGCAGGACGGGCAGAGCCGGCAGCACCCGGCCGGGUCCAUUUCCACCCCGACUCCCCAGCCAAGGGCGCCCAAUGGAUGCGGCAGAUCGUCUCCUUUGACAAGCUCAAGUUGACCAACAACCUCUUGGAUGACAACGGCCACAUAAUCCUCAACUCCAUGCACCGCUACCAGCCCCGCUUCCACGUGGUGCUGGUGGACCCGCGCCGGGACAGCGAGCGCUUCGCCCACCAGAACUUCAAGUCCUUCAGCUUCCCCGAAACCCAGUUCAUGGCAGUGACGGCUUAUCAGAACCACCGGAUCACCCAGUUGAAGAUCGCCAGCAACCCCUUUGCCAAGGGCUUUCGGGAUGGGGACCCUGAGCCAUGGUGCGGGGUGCCAGCAGGGUCCCUGCUGGGUGCAACGGGACCCCGCGCCCGGGCCACGGCACUGCCCUCCCACCCCGAGAAGCAGGACAAAGCCCCACCAGUGGCUCCCCCUGGCUUCCCUGAGCUGCCCGUGCCCCCCUUCCAGCCCCUUGCCUGCCCCACAAGUGUCUUUGUGGGGUCCAAGCCCCACACUCUGCCCUACCCCCUGCUCAGCACCUACAGCACCACCACGGCCCCCACCUUUGGCUAUGGGCAGCAGUGA